GGGAGCAUGUUCUUUUGGCGCUGAGUAGGGAAGACAGGGCCUGAAGCAGGGAGCUUUUGUUACAGCUAGAGGGAGAGAGGGAGACAGCUGUGCUGUAAUACAUAGCACCCAGAUUUAUCCAAAGUACGCUCCAACAUUCCGCAAAAUACGAGGCCCUCUCUCAAAUAUCCGGCCACCAAACCAGGCAUGGGAACUGGAAACUGACUGCAUAUUGUCCCUUAUUUUAUCAGCACAUUGUUACCAAGCGAAGAGGCCUGUACUAAAGAAAUUCUCCAAGCUUUUGUUGUGUCUGUUAAUAUAUUGCACCAGGAAGCUCAGAUUUGGGUGUAUUUGUUUAGAAUGGAACACGCUGAAGGCCCUGUAAGAGAAAGGGAAUCUUAAAGGAUGCCGGAGCAGAACAAUGGAUUUCUCCUUCUCUUUCAUGCAAGGGAUCAUGGGAAACACAAUUCAGCAACCUCCGCAGCUCAUUGACUCGGCCAACGUCCGGCAGGAUGGCGGCUACGACGCGGGCAGGGGGGAGGGGGGCCCCUCGGCCUACGAGUCCGCCCUGGAGUCGGGUUUCUCCUACCCCCCCGAGGACCUGCCCGGGGUGCCCAACGGCUACCCGCCGGGCGCCGGCCUCUACGAGCCCCAGGCCAAGUACUCCGUGUACUCCCAGUUCCCCAACGGCUCGGCCAACGGCUACGGCGCCAUCCGCGGGUACGGCGACCAGUGCCUGCUGCCGGGGGAGGGCACGGUGCUGAGGGCGCCCGUCGUCCAGGAGAAACCCCCCUCCCCGGCCCUGCCCCUUCCCCACCUCCCCCACCACCAGCAGCACCUCCACCACCCUUCCCACCAGCAGCAGCUGCAGCACCACCACCACCACCACCUCUUCCACCAUCCGCACCUCCACGGCUCCCUGCCUCUCCCUCCCCAGCAGCUCCCUCCCUCCCCCCACCUCCCGGCCCCCGUCCUGCCCCCUCCCCCGCCCCUGCUCCUGCCCUCCUCCCCCUCGGCGCCGGCCCCGCCCCCGGCCCCGCCCUCCGUCCUCCCCGGCGGCCCCAAGAAGACCAGCUCCCCGGAGAUCAAGCUGAAGAUCGUCAAGACGUACCGGAACGGGCGGGAGCUGUUCGAGUCCUCGCUCUGCGGGGACCUCCUGCAGGAGUUCCAGGCCAGCGAGGCCUCCCGCCGCCGCCACGAGCGCAAGAAGGAGAAGAGGAAAAAGGAGGCGCGGCGGGGGGGCGAGCUGGAGCUGGAGCGGGGCUGGGAGCAGGGCCUGCUGCGGGCACAAGGGGGCGCCGUCGAGCCCGCGGUGGGCUCGGGCCCCCAGGAGCAAGGGGGUGACGGGGCAGGGGACCAGCAGGGGCCCGGGCAGGAACAGGUGGCCCUCAGGAGCCCCAAAGUAGAGCCUGAGGAGCUGAGUAUUCAGAAGCACUUUUCGGUGGCCGUGACCAGCCCAGGCCUUUGUGGGGACCGCUUGGUGGGAGACCUGGUUUGGGCCAAAGUGGGGACGUACCCGUGGUGGCCCUGCAUGGUCUCCUGUGAUCCGCAGUUGGACGUCCACAGCAGGAUCAACACCCGAGGGCACCGGGAGUACCACGUGCAGUUUUUUGGGAGCGUGGCGGAGCGCGCCUGGGUCCAUGAGAAGCGGGUGGUGGAGUACGAGGGACGCGACCAGUUUGACCAGCUGCAGGCCGAGACGCUGCGCAGGACCACCAACCCUGCGGAGAGACACAAGCUCCUGAGGCCCAUACCCCAGAGGGAGCGCGCUCAGUGGGAGGUGGGCGUCGGCCACGCGGAGGACGCUCACCUGAUGAGCAGGGAGGGGCGCAUCGAGAGCUACACCUUCAUCUACGUGGACAAGGAGGACGCGCCCCCAUCGGGCCCCUCCAAGGGGCGGGCUGCCAGGCCGGCGCGGAGGGCGUGGCCUUCCCGGGGGUCCCGCGGGAGCAGGGGCAGCCAGGAGGGCGAACACACGGCGCCGCGGCGACAGCAGCCACGACGACAGUGCAGCACGUCCGGAGGCGGGGAGCAAGAGCCAGGCUCCGCCUCUCCCAAACAGGAGGAACAGGAGGAAGAGGAGGACGAGGGGGAGGAGCAGAGCACCUCUGUCCCCGCCUCCUCCCCGACCGCGGAGCCCCAGCCCCGCCCCCAGUCCCCGCCAAUCAAAACCGCCUGGAAGACGGCGGCGGCUCGCAAGCUCCUCCCGCUGUCAGUCACCAUGAAGAGGCUGAACGUGGAGAUCACCAAGUGCGACUGGACCCUGUACCGGGAGAAGGCCCCCUCCUCGCCCAAACCAAAGGCCCCCGAGAGGGAGGGGAGGCAGGCCGACCAGGUCCGCCACUCACCCAGGAGCUGCAGUGCUAAAGUGGAGGGGGGUGUGAGGGAGCAGGAGAGGGUCGCUUCUCCUGCCGGACGGAGGGGUGACCUGAGCUCGGCACAGCACGGGACGGCCGAGACCUCGUCAGGCCCGGCGGAGCGUAAGCCCCAGCGCCGGUCGGUGAGAAGCCGCUCCGAGUCGGAGAAGAUCACGGAUCCCGUGCCAAAGAAGAAGCUGAAGAAGGAGCAGGCCGAAACUCUUCCACUAACCGACCUGAAGACAGGGUCACAAAAAGGGGCCAGCGAGAUCUCCGACUCCUGCAAACCCCUGAAGAAGAGGAGCCGAGCCUCCACCGACGUAGAGCCGGUCAGCUCCCAGUACCGCGACACGUCCGACUCCGACUCCCGGGGUCUCAGUGACCCGCAGGUGGAGUUUGAGAAGUGCUCGGACAGCCCGGCGGCGGCCGACGCGGACCUCUCCGACGCGCAGUCGUCCGACUCCAACCUGUCCGGCCAGGGCGGCUGCGGGUCCCGGAAGGACACGGUCUGCCAGAUCUGCGAGGCGUUCGGGGAUGACCUGGUGCUCUGUGAGGGGGAGUGUAGCAGGCUCUUCCAUUCCGCCUGUCUGGGGCUGGACUACUCCUCUGAGGAGAAGUUCACCUGCGCUGAAUGUAAGACAGGCACGCACGCCUGCUUCUCCUGCAAGGCGGCGGACGGCGACGUCAGGAGGUGCGCGGUGGGAGGCUGCGGCCGCUUCUACCAUGAGUCCUGUGCCCGCAAGCACCCGGGCGCGACCUCCGACCCCAGCGGCCUCCGCUGCCCCCAGCACAGCUGCGCCACCUGCUGUCUGGAGCGGGACCUGCACAAGGCCUGCAAAGGUCGUAUGAUGUGCUGUAUCCGCUGUCCCGUGGCGUACCACACGGGGGACGGCUGCGUGGCCGCGGGCAGCGCGGUCAUCUCCCCGCACGUCAUCGUGUGCAGCAACCACGCCGCCGGCGGGGAGGACGGCCUGCCGCCGCCGCCCGUAAACGUGGCCUGGUGUUCCGUGUGCUCCCGAGGGCUGUUAGUGCAAGACCGUACUGACAUCAUAUUACGCUCCUAUGCCUACAAGUCCCACUACCUUCUGACCGACUCAAAUGGUGCUGAGUUGAUGAAAUUACCCAUGAUUCCUUCCUCUUCGUCAGCUACCAAAAAGAAUGUUGAGAAAGGGGGAAGUCUGCUGUCCUGCUCGGCCUGCCCCGCCUCGUUCCACCCCGAGUGUCUGAGCAUGGAGAUGCCGGAGGGGGCGUGGCUCUGUAGCGAGUGCAGGGCGGGGAGGAAGCCUCAUUACAAGCAGAUCGUCUGGGUCAAAUUGGGCAACUACAGGUGGUGGCCAGCGGAAAUCUGUAACCCGCGCCUGGUCCCCUACAACAUCCAGAACCUGAAGCACGACCUCGGGGACUUCCCCGUUUUUUUCUUUGGGUCCCACGACUACUACUGGAUCAGCCGGGGGCGGGUCUUCCCCUACGUGGAGAGUGACAGGCACAUCGCCAACGGCCAGAUCGGCAUCAACAAGACCUUCAAAAAGGCUCUGGAAGAGGCUGCUAAGAGGUUCCAGGAGCUCAAGGCUCAGAGGGAGAGCAAGGAGGCCCUGGAGCAGGAGCGCCACCACACCCGCAAGCCCCCCCCAUACAAGUUCAUCAGGUCUAACAGGCCGGUGGGGCCGGUGCAGGUGUACGUGGCGGACGUGUCUGAGGUUCCGCGCUGCAGCUGCGGGCCGGCGGACGAGAGCCCGUGUGGGCAGGACUCGGAGUGCCUGAACCGCAUGCUGCAGUACGAGUGCCACCCGGAGGCGUGCCCGGCAGGCGCGCGCUGCCAGAACCAGCGCUUCUCCCGCCGCCUCGCCCCCGCCACCGAGGUCAUCCGCACCGACGGGCGCGGCUGGGGCCUCAAGACCAAGCAGGACCUGAAGAAGGGGGACUUUGUGAUGGAGUACGUGGGCGAGCUGAUCGACGCGGACGAGUGCAGGCAGCGAUUGAAACGCUCCCACGAGAACCGCGUGACCGACUUCUACAUGCUGACCCUCACCAAGGACCGGGUGAUCGACGCCGGGCCCAAGGGGAACUUCUCGCGCUUCAUGAACCACAGCUGCAGCCCCAACUGCGAGACGCAGAAGUGGACGGUCAGCGGCGACGUGCGCAUCGGCCUGUUCGCCGUGUGCGACAUCGCGGCGGAGUCCGAACUGACCUUCAACUACAACCUGGACUGCCUGGGGAACGGGCGCACCACCUGCCGGUGCGGGGCGGAGAACUGCAGCGGCUUCCUGGGGGUGCAGCCCAAGAGCGCGGUGGUGAUAGAGAAGGAGGAGAAGGCUCGUAACGCCCGGCUGAAGCCGAAGAAGCGCAAGGUGAAGCUGGAGAGCCGGCAGACCCACGACUACUUCUGCUUCUGCUGCAGCCAGGGCGGGGAGCUGGUCAUGUGCGACAAGAAGGACUGCCCCAAGGCCUACCACCUGCUGUGUCUGAACCUGACCAAACCCCCCUACGGGCGCUGGGAGUGCCCGUGGCACCAGUGCAGCGUGUGCCAGCGCCCGGCCUCCGCGUUCUGCGAGUUCUGCCCCACGUCCUUCUGCCGCGACCACGACCUGGGCGCGCUGGUGCCCUCCGCCCUGGAGGGGCGCCUCUGCUGCCCCGGCCACGACCCCCUGAGCCCGCUGGACCCCGGGGCCGAGCUGGCCAAGGUCCGGGUCAAGGAGGAGCCCCUGGAGCCGGAGGAGCCCGAGGAGGAGGAGGAGGAGGGGGCGGCCGAGUGAAAGGGCGCCCCCUGCUGGUGAUGGGGAGGAAGGCGCGGGUGGGCCGAGAGUUGGGGGGGGGGGGGAAGGGAGAGGAGGGAAGAGGGCUCGGGGGGGGAGGGGGUGGAGGGGGAGAGUUAUGGGCUUUAAAAACUAGGUAUCUGCCAAAUUCUGAACCCAAACUCGCGGUGCGUGUGGUGUGGGGAGAGUCAAGGAGCUGGGGCUGCACUUUGACCAUGGCGAGGACAUCAAGGUGCGAGAUGUGUGCUGGGGAGCGAGUGUGAGGCGGGAGAGACUGGCCUUGCUCUUCAUUCCAAAAACAACCAUCAUUUCAAAUUUAGGAAUUAAAAUCUAACAGUGUUGGUGGUUGGGAACCGUUUCUGUUUCUGUGCUUGUUUCCUGAGGGUGAGGGAGAAACAGACAUUUUUGACCCUUGCUGCUUUAUUUUUAUUUUUUAUUUUUUAUUUUUUGGUUACUGACCUGUUACCAUGGUUACCUGUGACCUAAGUGGGUGGGGCUUCCAUCACAGGGAGCUGAAUGCUUUGCUGGCCUGGUAAAGGAAGCCCUCUUGCUGCCUCUCUCUCUCAGACGAAACGCUAUUGAUUCACUCCAAAAAAAAAAACACAAACUUUGUGUUAUGUACCUCUUGUAAAAAAAAAAAAAAGAUUAAAAAAAAAACCUAAUAAUUACAUAUAUAUGAUAUCGGUUAUAAAAAUAAAGAUUGGGAAAACACGUAGUGCAAUUAUCGCGGGAUUCCAGUACGUUAAAGAAAGGUGGCGCUGUUGCCAUCUGGAGCACGUUGUUUUAUGGCUAUCCUUGAUGGGCUGUCACAAAGUGGUAAAAGCCUUCCUUUGGGUAGAUUUUUUAAUAUAUUUAUUGAUAUAUUUAUAUAUGUACAUGUUUACAACUUCAUCCUCUUACAUUGUCUUGCUAAGAGUUGUGUCCUUAAAAAAAAAAAAAAAAUUGUUUGAUGUUUUUAAGAUUUCAGUCACACGCUUCCCAUGCCUUGCUGUUGGAGUUGAUGACGAUGAUGAUGAUGAUGAUGGUGAUGUAACUUGUGUAUUUAAGUCACCAUGACACGUGCAUUACUGAGAUAGAAAUUAAUGUCCGAGUCUUGCAAUCCUGCGCUUGGUUCACUAAGGCAAACUGAACAUUUUCAGAAAUAUUGUACAAGACAUUAUUUCCAAUUAAAAGUCAGUGUUUGUAAUGCAAAUGAGGCGUGCUAACCUGAAAUGACUUCAAAUGUCAUAAUCAUCAAUCAGGCAAAUAUCAAACCAGAUGAACUGAAAAUAAGCCUGAUCCAAAUUUAAUAAUUUAUUAAGAAUUUUUUUAACAUUUUUUUUAUUUAUUUUUUAUUUGUUUUAAAGCAUUUGUGCCAACUUUUUCCCCCGUGCAUUUUUUUCAUUUGUUAAAACAUUACUGUGCUCGUGCGUGUGGUUGCUGGGACAUGGACAUUCCUCUUUAGUUUCUUCACUACAAGUGUGCACUUCUGCUUCUGUUACUCUUCUGGCAUAAAGAAAAAAGUUUGGAAAGGUAUUUGUAAAUGCUCAAAGAAUGUACUUGAUUAUUUAAGGAAAACCUGAAAGGAAAACAGGGAAAAAAACAACUCCUUUGUGUGAGGAAUUUAAGGCUCAAAAGGAUCACAUUUUAUGCUUUCAAGUGGUUUAUUAGGAAUAAAAUUUGUUUAUAGGUGGUAGUUUUCAUCUAGGAAUUAUUUAUGAAAGUAUGUUUACGAGAAGGUGAUGCCAUUCUACAGGGUUUGAAAUGGGCUUUUGCACUGCAAGGGUUCUGAACUUAGUGAAAAAGUGAGUUAAGGCAGUUCAGCAUCAGGGGAGCUGAGAGGCAUCCUAGCUGCACACAUUUCUUUGUAGGCCUAACCUGCUACCUUAAGUAUUGUGGAGAACGUGACCCAUGCCUGUUACCCUGAUCCAGCUUUUGCCACCCCCCCCCCCCCCCCCAGAAAGCUAAAGCACUGCCCGUCUACUUGUACUGCAUCCACGGUCAUCAAUACUGUUAGGACAGAGGGGUAACGGAGGAGGUGCUCUGUGUUUAGCCAUGAGAUUAAUCCGUUUCUCUUAUUUUUAUACAUCAUACGCAUUUCACUCAUAGUGUCAUGUAUCUUCAGUGUUGGUUAUAUUAUGUGACUGCGGCAUGCGUAUCCUUUAUUUUUAUGCAUUUAUAUUGAGUAUGUUGUUACAGUACAUUUUCUAAUUCCUUCAUGCAAUGCCUUUAAUCUCAGUUGUAUGUCACAUGCAGUUACAGAAUGGCACUUUUUUUCCCCAAGUGUCACUUUUUAAACUUUUUGAUUUAAAAUGAACUUUUCAUGCAUCGACCUCUACUUUUGUGUCAUUUACAGCGUCGUGAUAAUUUGCACCCCUUUUGUACCUGUUUUUUUAUGUAACGUGUACAAACUCUUACUAACGUUAAUAGGAAAAAAAAGCCUUUAUUCUAAAGCAUUUGACGGAGUGGAGGUAGUGUAUGGGGAGCUUUGUGACUACAGCAUAGUGUAGCAUAGCUGUACCUGACUUCAUGCUUGUUCUGAGGCCACCCAACGAACCGGUGGCCAAUAACUAAGCCUCAUGUUGUGAAAUACUAUAAUGGCUACGACAAUGUAAAGGCAAGUAGCUGUUGUGAGGUAGCUUCUUGAGCUUUUCCUACUCCUGUGGUUAUAAGUGUGUACUUAGCUUGAUCUUAUCUGAAAUGGGUGCACAUACAGUCAUUUUUGUCGGCCAUCUUGAGGCCCGUUUCUGGUCAUGCAUUUUGUGUGUUUUCCAUGCACUUAUGCAUCCGGGCUCAAGAGCUUCAUGGGACCCCUAAUGGGAGGAGUCAUCGCACGCUGGCAAUCACUGAACCAGUCAAAUGACUUAACCCAUUAUGGUGGCCCCCAGAGCCAUAGAUUAAGUGUGUAUAUAUAUAUAUAUAUAUAUAUAAUAGUCAUAUUUAAUAUAUGGCUCUGACAAGGCCUUUCUACGUGCAGCAUGGGUCAUGUAGUAACAUGAAUCAGUGAACUGUCCAAGGCUCUUUUUUUUACCUUCAUACCUUUCCAUUGUAACAUGAGAAGUCUGUAAAGGUUGCAUCUGUAAAGGUUAGGCUAACAGCUAGACCACCAGUACACCAAUCGGUACAUUAAUGACACUUUAUUCACAAGUAACAUUUGACACUUUCCUCAUAGGAUACUUGAAAUUGUCUUUGUUAUGUUGGUGUUAUUUUUUUGCAGCCUUUCAUUUCGUAUUUGUACUUGUAUUACGUUUAUGUACUGCAAUGCGAUAGUUAUCAUCAUGUAAUAACAUAAGGCUCGAUGAGUGUGCUUUGUUUUUUUAUUUAAAUUAUUAUUAUUAUUAUUAUUUUUAUGAAUGCAGUUGGUGAACCAGGGAGGGGAAUGCAGCUAAACGUGUCCAGUCAUAGAGCUGAGUUUUUCCUCAGUGUUUUUGGGGAGCCUCUGUGAUUAAACACUGUGGGUAGCAUGACCGCCCCCAGAAUACUGAGAACACUAUAAGGACAGAUCAGCUGACUAACAGGGAUUUCUGACAGGAGUCCUAGCUCGUGUUUAUGGCAUCUGUUUUCCGAUCACCGAAGUGGGCUUCCCUUGCUCAUGAGACGAGACGCGUUUCAGGACUUUACGCUCUCAGAACGGAUGCGUUAGAAGCAACACACAACGAGUCAUUUUCUUUAACACAUCUCCAUAUCUGUUUAAGGAAAGCACAUUUUGUCUUACUUCCAACACAGUCUGCAUUAAAAAGUUUUCAUUUGUAACACAAACGUUGCCACUUCGACACAAACUGUGUUGAGAGUGUAUUGGGCACCGGGAUGAUUUUUGUUAGUCCCUCCCCUCCCCCUCUGUCCCGGGGCACAUAAUUCAGUUCUGGAAGAAGAGAACAAGACUUUGUUUUCUACAGAUGCCAGUUAGCAGUCAUCCGGUUUGAUUCUUUGAUAGAAACCGACAGUAGUCAACACAUUUAUCCCAAUGUCAUAGCUGCCAAUCUGGACUUAAAUGCGUGCUCUUCGCUUCAAAGUCAUGCUCAUAAAGGUAUGUCGCUUUAUUUGCUGUGCUUAUUUUUAAAAAAUCAUUGUUACUGUUAUUAUUGAUUAUGCUAGUAUUGAAUUGAAUUAGUAUUGUCAGCCAAUCCAAAAUGUAAUGGCCUUUGUUUCCACCUCAGGAUCAACAUACUUCACUCACAGCAAAAACUAUGAAUACUUCUACAUGGGUCAUUUACCUAAUCUUAAUAAAACAGAAGUGCUCCACUAAUACAUACAAUUGUAUAUAAAUACUCAGUGUAUUACAUGGUGCAAUGUAUCUUAAUGGUUAUGACAGGUUGGUAUUCUCUAAACCUCAAAUGUGUAUUCUUUAAAUGAAUAUCUAAGUGUUUAUACACAUCAUGUUUUCAUCCUACAUUGGAGAUGGUACUCUUGUCCUUUGUUUUUAUUUUAAUGGAAUUGCUAAUAUUUAACACCUGAAUAUAACAUUUUAAAAAAAGGAAAAUGACUUUUGUUUUCUUUUUUUAAAUAUGCAUACUUUUAAAGUGAUAUGUUCUGAAUCUUCCUGACAGACUUGUCCACUACCCUUUUUCAGGUUUGUUGGUUUUGUGUAAUGCUGAUUGUAAUUGCUGACUUUUCAUAAUGAACAUGGAGUAGAAAUACACACUCAGAUUAAGAUUUCAUUUUUAAAAAUUACCGGACAUUUUAUCAGGAAUGAUUUUAAAAAAAUGUAUGGAAUGAAAAUUCUUUUCAAGACACAAAUGUAGUGAAACCACCCUAAGAUGUCUGCAGGGGGCGCUGUUUCUGUGCUGUUGAUGUUUUGCUUUAUAAAACAUUGUUUUGUCGUUCAGCCACUGUCGUUGCAUAGUGUAAAAGAAUGCUUGUCCAAAUUUGUACAUACUAGAUUGCACAGAACUCAAUUGUCAUUUAGCUGCAGUGUCUUUAGAAUGCCUGUACUAUUUAGCUUAUGAUCUGUGUGUGACUGUAGGAACGUAUUUUUGUACAUUAUAUUUGUUUUUUUUAUUAUUAUUUAAAAGGAAAAUUGAGUUUGAAAUGUUUCGCUUCUGUCAGAAGGGUUUUUAAGUAACAUUCCACAAAUUGGAUCCGUUUCAGACUUGCUUGAGGUUUGACUUCAAUAAAACUGUUCUGAAUGUUUCA